GUCCGGCGCGGGAAAGUUCCAUCACAACAAUGGCGUCCGUCGAAGCAGGCCGCCGUGGGACCAAGCGCAAAACCGAGAAUGAGGAGGAGAAGCCCACCAAGGAGGCAAAAGGUGAAGAGGCGCAUUUGCUGGAGGGUCAAAAGGUGAUCAUUGAACACUGCAAGAGCUGACGAGUGUAUGGGCGUAAUGCUGAGGGUGUUAAAUCUGCCCUGCUGGCUGCACGCCCUCAACUCACUGUGGUCCUCAACCCAGAGAAGCCUCGCAGGAACAGCUUUGAGAUCACUCUGCUUGACGGAGGCAAAGAAACAUCUCUCUGGACGGGAAUAAAGAAAGGUCCACCCCGUAAACUCAAGUUCCCUGACCCUGGCGCCAUUGCUGCUGCAUUCCAGGAGGCUCUCAGCACGGAGUAGAGAAGCUAAUCGUCGAUGGCAUGAGACUUGUGGAAGCAAAAUGACGAGGAGAGACCAAACUGGAUGGUCACAGUCUCUCCUCUGAUGGACCAAGCUCCUGCAGAUCCGGUCUUUGAAGGAAUGCUGACCUCUACUGGAACACUUUGGAGAAUGUACAGUACACACUCUAGUUUUUGGGAUUUGACAUGUUGUGUUUAAUAAAGGUGGAAUUAGUUUUGUUA